CUUCUUUCAUUAUCACCAUCACCAACACACACUCGUUCUCUCUGGACUUGACCCCUCGCAUUCGUUUUGCAUCCCAGUCACCCGUUUAACCCAACUUUUUGCUCAAUUUAAUCCGCCAUCAUGCGUUUCUCCUACGCCGUUCUGCCCCUGGCUGCCAUUGUUGGCGCCCUCGAGGUCACCUCCCCCACCAAGGGCGAGGAUGUUGAUGUCUCCAAGUCCUUCACUGUCAAGUGGGACUCCGUCAGCACCGACGCCUCCAACUUCAAUCUUUACCUUGUCAACAACGCCGUCUACCCCCCGGUUGAGCAGAAGAUUGCCAGCGAUGUCGAGACCUCCAAGGGCUCCUACACUGUCUCUAGCCUGUCCGGCCUGACCGAUGGCAAGGGCUACCAGAUCAACCUGGUCUCCGACGAACCCCAGAACAGCGGCAUCCUCGCCCAGUCGCAGCAGUUCGACGUGAAGGGCGCUUCUUCCAGCUCCAGCUCCAGCUCCAGCUCCAGCUCCAGCUCCAGCUCCAGCGCCAGCGCCAGCUCUUCCAGCACCAGCACGGCCUCUUCGUCUUCAUCUUCCUCCGCUUCCUCCGCUUCCUCCGCUUCCUCCGCCUCGACCACCCUCACUUCGACUGCCAGCUCUUCUACCGGUACUGCCAGCACCCUCAUCUCCACUACUGCCCAAACCACCACUGCCCAGACCACCACUGCCCAAACCACCACUGCCCAAAUCACCUCUUCCUCCUCCAUCAUCAGCGGCGCUCAGUCGUCGAGUGCCCGCGCCAGCACCGCAGUGGCGAGUACUAACAGUGUGUCGCCCUCAGGAUCCGCUACCCCCAGCUCGACGGCCAACGGCACUGCCCCGACGGCCUCGGUCGUCCCCGGAGCUGGUUCCGCCCUGACUGCCCCCCUGACCGCCGUCGCCGGUCUGGUCAUGGGCGCCAUGGCUCUUGUUCUGUAAACAAGCAUGCCCCUAGAGAUACUCGAGAGAUGAUCCGCA